AUGGCUAACAGUCAUCUCGCUAAUCCAAGUCCACUCGGAUUUGGUGGCUUUGCAACUACUCUGAUGACCCUCUCACUUUCGAUGAUGGGCUUCCGUGGAGUGUCGAACCAGACUUUGUUUAUUUCAAACCUCUGUUUCCUCGCCGGUGUAGGCCUCCUAAUUUCCGCACAAUGGGAGAUGUUGAAGGGGAAUACCUUUUCGUAUACAGUUCUCACGGCGUUUGGACUCUAUUAUGGCGGCUAUGGUGUAAUGCUGAUGCCCUCGCUAGGGGUUAUUGGGGCAUAUGGUGGAGAAACAGCCGAAUAUCAUAACGCCUUUGCGUUCUAUCAGUUAAGUGAGUCUCUUAAGAAGAGUCUGCUUCGAAUGUGGCAGAUGAUCGAACCAAGUUUGGUGCUUUCUGAAUUUCCUUUUCCUACUUGCUGCUUUGCCGACCCAUGUCCCGAAUAUUGUCAUAUACGCUUCCUUGGAGCUUUGCUACAUUUUCAAUUGCGCUGCCCACUUCAUGCAUGCAGAAAAUAG